AUGACAACGGCGCGAGAUAACUUAAUUGCGUCACGCGCAGACACUAACGACGCCCAUCCGGGUAUCCGGGUAUGCAGUCCGGGCGAGUACACACCGCAAAACGUCCCUUGGACGUUGUACGGUGUGUACUACGCUUUGCGGGAGUCGCUGCCAGUCAACGGGCACCGGCAAUGGGGAACAGCCUUAAGGUGGUGCGGCGCAUGCGUAAACCACCCUAAGCGGAGCGCGAUGGCCGCUCAGUUCGCGUAUCGACGCCGCGCCGCCCGUCGCCUGUCGCUCGUGCCGCGGGUACCAGCCGAAGCUUACGAGACCAACCGCCUAAGGCUGAACCGG